UAGAAAAAAGUACCAAAAUAGGACUUUCAUGUUUUUUUUCCCGGAAUAGGACUUUGCAUUGUGGUAAUGUGACUUUGCAUUGUGGUAAUGUGACAGUGUACAUGUGCAAAUUAAUAUACUUUCUUGGUAAUGUAUAUGACCAUGUUUGGUAAUGUAAAUCCUAUUUCGGGAAUAAAAACAUUAAAGUCCUAUUUUGGUAUAUCUUCAAUGUUUUAGUCCUACUUUGGGCUUUCUCCCUUAUUAUAUAUGUUCUGGGCAUUGGAUAAAAAGUUUAAAAAAUUUACAAAAAUACGAGUAUGUACCAUAUAAUUUGCCCUCAAACUCUCCUCUUUUUCCGCUGAAUAUUCGUAAGAGGUUUCGCAGUACCACCGCUACCGCUAACAGUGGAUCCCGAUGCUUCCAACACUUCGUUCUCGUCUCCUCUCAUCUUUCGUGAACGUUCAAGUUCCGCUGAAGGCAUUCUCUCAAAACUUCCACAAAAACCAUGGACGCUCAAGUUUUUCUCUAGCUGGCAUACUUCAAGGUCAUGUUGGAGUGACAUCAAAUAGAAAUGUCUAUAAGAGAAUUAGGACUUUUUGUACCACUGAAGACUUGUCGAUCAAAAAGUGUGUGCCGUGUGAAGCAAAGGACUUGAGGCCUAUGACUGAAGGAGCUGCAAAUGUAUUGAUGAAACAGGUACCUCAAUGGACUUUGGUGAAUGAUGGCGGAACUUUGAAGCUGCACAGGUCCUGGAAGGUCAAAACUUUUGUGAAAGGAAUGUCCUUUUUAGAACUGGUUGCUGAUCUUGCUGAGGCAGAAGGUCAUCAUCCAGAUCUCCAUCUUGUCGGAUGGAACAACGUGCAAAUUGAUAUAUGGACACAUGGCGUGGGUGGACUCACAGAAAACGAUUUCAUACUUGCUGCCAAGAUUGAUAAGCUGAAUGUGUUGGAUCUUUUGAGGAGGGAAGUUCCUAAACCUGCAGGACCCCACUCCUAGUCUCUCUUCAAUUGGUUUGUGAAACCAUAUCAUUGAAUAAGUUGUUUCUUGUCACUAAUUGUAGAUUUAUAGACAAAGGCUAUUGUGGAUUGUGAAACCAUAUCAUUGAAUAGUACGUAGUUAUUAGUUAUUAUGAGUUGGUUCUUUUCAACUUAUUUUUAGUUGAAUUAAGUUCAUUUUUCAAGUAAAAUUAGGCUCUGUUU